GUGCCAGAGACCCGUCUGACACCGUGGCUCCCGUCAUCGUGAUCCCUCCGCAGAACACGAGCGUUGUAGCAGGGAGCAGCGACGUCUCGCUGGAGUGCGUGGCCAGUGCAAGACCUCUGGAGAGACUGAGCAUGACCUGGAAGCGAAAUGGAGUAAAAAUAACGAGUGGCAUUAGCAGUUUUGGGAGACGACUCACUAUCACCAACCCAACCUCUGCUGAUGUGGGGAUGUACUUCUGCGAAGCAAAAUUGAGAGACAGCACAGAGGAACCAGCAAGAGCGAAAGCCUUCCUUUCUAUAAUGGAACCGCCGUAUUUUACGGCUGAGCCCGAGAGCGUGAUUUUGGCUGAAGUGGAGAAAGACGUGGACAUCCUGUGCCAGGCGAUGGGUGUUCCCAUUCCCACCCUGGUCUGGUAUAAGGACUCUGUUCCCCUCAGCAAGCUGGAAAACCCCCGCUACAAAGUGCUGCUGAGUGGUGGGCUGCGGAUCCAGGCGCUGCGUCCUCAGGACGCUGGAAUCUUCCAGUGUUUUGCUAGUAAUAAAGCCGGGGAGACACAGACGUACAGCUACCUGGAUGUGACGAACAUUAAACCAGCAUUUAUACAGCCUCCAGAGGAUACCACUGUUACGGAGGGAAUGACCGCAGUGCUAACCUGUGAAGUUUCAGGGGCUCCAAAACCUGCUAUCUCAUGGAAGAAAGGAAACCAGAUCUUAGCCAGUGGCUCGGUUCAGAUUCCUCGCUUCAUUCUUCUUGAAUCUGGAGGGCUCCAGAUAACACCCGUUUUCCUUCAGGAUGCCGGCAAUUAUACGUGCUGUGCAGUCAACUCUGAAGGAGCUCUGAAUGCUUUUGUGAUGCUGACAGUGUGGAAUCGCACUUUCAUUGUUCACCCUCCUGAGGAUAGCACUGUGAUCAAAGGAACCACAGCUGCUCUGCGAUGUGAAGCGACUCAUGAUCCUAGAAUUUCAAUCAGGUAUGUUUGGAAGAAGGAUAGCGUCAUAAUAAAUCCAUCCAGCAGUUCCAGGAUCACAGUAGAGAAGGACGGAACCCUCCUCAUCAGCCAGACGUGGUCAGGUGACAUCGGAGACUACACCUGUGAGGUCAUUUCUUUUGGAGGAAAUGACUCUAGAAUGGCUCGACUAGAAGUGAUUGAGCUGCCUCAUUCCCCUCAGAAUCUUCUGGCCACUCUGAAUUCCUCAUACAGCCGCAGCGUGAUGCUCUCCUGGGUGCGUCCCUUUGAUGGAAACAGCCCUGUUCUCUACUACAUGGUCGAGCUCUCCGAGAACAAUUCUCCCUGGAAGGUUCACCUAUCAAAUCUUGACCCAAAGAUGACCAGUGUCACUGUGAGUGGACUGACUCCAGCCCGAACCUACCAGUUUCGGGUGUGUGCGGUUAACCAGGUGGGAAAGGGCCAGUACAGCUCUGAGACCAGCAGGUUGAUGCUACCCGAGGAGCCCCCCAGUGCCCCACCCAAAAACAUAGUGGCCAGUGGGCGCACCAAUCAGUCUAUCAUGGUCCAAUGGCAACCUCCUCCCGAGAGCGAACAUAAUGGAGUUCUUCAUGGGUACAUCCUAAGGUAUCGCCUGGCCGGCCUCCCUGGAGAAUACCAGUAUAAGAACAUAACCAGUGCAGAAAUUAACUACUGCUUAGUGAAAGACCUGAUUAUUUGGACCCAGUAUGAAAUCCAGGUGGCAUCUUACAAUGGAGCUGGGCUGGGAGCGUUCAGCAGACCUGUGACAGAGUACACUUUACAGGGAGUACCUACAGCUCCACCGCAGAACGUGCAAGUCGAAGCCGUGAACUCCACAACCAUCCAGUUCCUCUGGAACCCUCCACCCCAGCAAUUCAUCAAUGGUAUUAACCAAGGAUACAAGCUUCUAGCAUGGCCAGUGGAUGCUCCAGAGAGUGUGACUAUGGUCACCAUUGCUCCAGAUUUUCAUGGUGUUCAUAGUGGCUGCAUCACCAACCUGAAGAAAUACACUACUUACUAUACAUCGGUUCUGUGUUUCACCACCCCUGGCGAUGGACCGCGAAGCACACCCCAGCUCCUGCGCACCCUUGAAGACAAGCCAGGAGCGGUGGGACACCUGAGUUUCACUGAGAUUCUGGACACAUCUCUCAAGGUCAGCUGGCAAGAACCUGCAGAGAAAAAUGGCAUCAUUACAGGGUACCAGAUCUCCUGGGAGGUGUAUGGCAGGAAUGAAUCUCGUCUUGCCCGCACAAUCGAGGUGGCAGCUGUGACCGCAAAAGGGAGUGGAUGGGUCACGUCCUCCACCAUCUCUUCUGGUGUGCCCCCAGAACUUCCAGGUGCUCCAUCCAACCUGGUGAUUUCCAAUAUCAGCCCUCGCUCUGCCACUCUUCAGUUCCGUCCAGGUUAUGAUGGUAAGACCUCCAUCUCCAAGUGGAUAGUCGAAGGCCAGGUUGGUGUACUAGGUGAUGAAGAAGAGUGGGUGAGUCUUCGUGAGGUGGAGAAUGAACCUGAUGCUCAGAUGCUGGAGGUACCAAACCUUACUCCUUACACUCAUUACAGGUUCCGGAUGCGGCAGGUGAACGUGGUGGGCCCCAGCCCGCUCAGCCAACCCUCCCGCGUCAUCCAGACGCUGCAGGCUCCGCCAGAUGUUGCCCCUGGGAGCGUCACCGUGCGCACGCCCCUCCCCGACACGCAGUAUAAUGGCAAUCCGGAGUCCGUGGGGUACAGGAUAAAGUUCUGGCGUGUGGAUCUGCAAUCUCCCACCCUGAUGAAGGUUAUUAAUGACCGAUUGGAAAGAGAGUACACGGUUGAAGACCUGGAAGAGUGGACAGAAUAUGAACUGCAGAUCCAGGCUUUCAAUGCCAUUGGGGCAGGACCAUGGAGCGAUGUAGUGAGAGGUCGGACACGGGAGUCCGUUCCCUCUGCUCCUCCUGAAAAUGUCUCUGCUGAAGCCGUGAGUUCAACCCAGAUCCUUCUGACAUGGACCGCAGUCCCUGAGUCCGAGCAGAACGGUCUCAUCCUGGGUUACAAGAUACUUUUCAAAGCAAAAGAUUUAGACGCCGAACCAAAGAGCCAAAUAGUAAGAGGAAACCACACUCAGUCUUUCCUCUUGUCUGGCUUGCGGAAAUACGUGCUCUAUGAGAUCCAGGUAUUGGCAUUCACUCGUAUCGGAGAUGGAGUCCCCAGUUUUCCUGCAGUUAUAGAAAGAACCAAGGAUGAUGCUCCCGGGCCGCCCGUGAGGCUGGUGUUCCCCGAGGUGAGGCUGACAUCCGUACGGAUUGUUUGGCAGCCACCGGAGGAACCCAAUGGAAUUAUUCUGGGGUAUCAGAUCGCCUACCGCCUGGCCAGCAGCAGCCCAAACAAGUUCACGACGGUGGAGGUUGGCUCAACAGUCCGGCAGUUUACUGCUACAGAUCUCACCCCUGAGUCAGCAUACAUCUUUCGGACGUCUGCCAAGACCAGGCAGGGCUGGGGGGAGCCUCUGGAAGCCACAGUGAUCACAACAGAAAAAAGAGAACGACCAGCACCUCCCAGACAGCUGAUGACCCCUCAGAGUGAUGUAUCUUCACGGAGUCUGCUGUUGAAAUGGGUCCCUGGAAGUGAUGGAUCUUCACCAAUACGAUACUUCACAGUGCAAGUGCGAGAACUGCCAAAUGGAGAGUGGCAAACCUACUCCUCUUCCAUCAGCCAUGAGGCAACAUCCUGCAUUAUUGAAAGCUUGAACCCUUUCACCUCUUACAAACUGCGAGUGAAAGCAACCAACGACAUCGGAGACAGCGACUUCAGUGCGGAGACCGAGGCGGUGACAACUCUGCAGGAUGUUCCAGGUGAACCCCCCAGAUCUGUGUUAGUAACGCCCCACACAACUUCAUCUGUCCUUGUGCAGUGGCAGCCACCCAAAGUUGAGAGUCUGAACGGUUUGCUGUUGGGAUACCGGAUCUACUACCGGGAGCUGGAUUACGACACUGGAUCGGGAACAGAAUCCAAAACCAUCCAGAACCCUUCAGCUUUAAGAGCAGAGCUCACACCCCAAAGCAGCUUCAAGACAGUGAACAGCAGCUCUGCAUUAACGACGUAUGAAUUAACACAGUUGAAGAAAUACAAGAGAUAUGAAGUGCUAAUGACAGCAUAUAAUGUGAUUGGCGAGAGCCCUACCAGCACACCAGUGGAAGUCUUUGUGGGUGAAGCAGCACCAGCCCUGGCUCCACAGAACAUCCAAGUAAACUCCCUUUCUGCAAGCCAGCUGGAGCUCACCUGGGACCCGCCUCCUGCCGACAGCCAGAAUGGGAACAUCCAAGGCUACAAGAUUUAUUACUGGGAGAGCGACGUCCAAAAUGACACGGAGAAAGUGAAGGUCCUUUUCCUCCCAGAGACAACAGUCCGGCUUAAAAACCUGACCAGUCACACGCGGUACAUGGUCUGCAUCUCCGCUUUCAACGCAGCUGGGGACGGCCCCAGGAGCAGCCCCUCGCAGGGCAGGACGCACCAGGCGGCACCCAGUGCUCCCAGCUUCUUGGUGUUCUCUGAAAUCACUUGCACUACACUCAAUGUGUCUUGGGGUGAACCGACAGCAGCAAAUGGAAUCCUGCAGGGUUACCGAGUAGUCUAUGAGCCUUUGGCUCCCGUCCAGGGAGUGAGUAAGGUGGUGACUGUGGACAUUAAAGGGAACUGGCAACGCUGGUUGAAGGUCCGAGAUCUCACCAAAGGCAUGACCUAUUUAUUCAGAGUGCAAGCCCGAACCAUUGCCUAUGGACCUGAACUGCAAGCCAACGUCACAGCUGGGCCAGCAGAAGGGUCUCCUGGCUCUCCUCAGGAAAUUCUGGUGACAAAAUCUGCCUCUGGGCUGACACUACAAUGGACUGAGGGAGAUUCAGGAGAAAAACCCACAACUGGGUACAUUAUAGAGGCACGACCCUCAGAUGAAGGACUGUGGGACAUGUUUGUGAAGGACAUCCCUCGCAGUGCUACCUCCUACACUGUCAGCCUGGACAAACUCAAACAGGGUGUGACCUAUGAAUUUCGAGUGGUGGCUGUCAAUGAAUUUGGCUAUGGAGAACCAAGUGUUCCCUCUGUGGCAGUAUCAGCACAAACAGAAGCCCCUUUCUAUGAGGAGUGGUGGUUUCUGCUGGUGAUGGCUCUCUCAAGUCUGAUCCUCAUCCUCCUGGUGGUGUUUGCAUUGAUCCUGCAUGGCCAGAGCAAGAAGUACAAGAACUGCAGUACAGGUAAAACCAUCUCCAAUGUGGAAGAGUCGGUCACCCUGGAUAAUGGAGGCUUCACUGCACUGGAGCUCAACAGCAGACACCUGAACAUCAAAAGCACCUUCUCAAAGAAGAAUGGAACCAGGUCUCCUCCUCGCCCAAGCCCAGGAGGGCUGCACUACUCUGAUGAGGAUAUCUGCAACAAAUACAACGGAGCCGUGCUCACCGAGAGCUUGGGCCUGAAUGAGAAGCCCUUAGAAGUGUCGGAGUCGGAGGCCACUGACUCGGAUUAUGAAGACGAGUUGCCAAAGCACUCCUUUGUGAACCAUUACAUGAGCGACCCCACGUACUACAACUCGUGGAAGCGGCAGCAGAAAGGGGUGAAGCACCCAGCAUCCUACAGAUACGAGGAGUGUGCCGCCAGCGAGGCAGAACCCUAUUUCCAGACUGUCAUCACGACACAGAGCUCAGGAGGGGUGUACACCCCAACGGGACAGCCCGCGCCCGGCUCCCGGACUCCAGUGACAGGGUUCUCCUCCUUCGUCUGA